AUGAUAAGUGCAUUUUCAUGGGUGCCAAAAGGGGCUGCAAAGGCCACGCCUGAUCGUGCUAAAAUUCCUUCUAAGGAGGAAAUCGAAAAGCUCAAAAAGAGUUAUGAAUUAUAUGACGAAGAAGAAGAAGAGGACGCAGAGACGGAUGAUGAUGAAGUCGCUCAUGCAAUGGCCAUAGCAAAAGAUGUUGGGAUAUUUUCUAAAAGCAAGAAUGCUUCUUCUUCAAUGGAGGUUGAUGAUGAGGUAGCUGAUGGUUUGAAAGAACUUGACAUGGAUAAUUACGAUGAAGAGGAUGAUGGAAUUGAAAUUUUUAGCUCCGGGCGUGGGGAUCUUUAUUACGCAAGUAAUGAGAUGGAUCCAUAUCUCAACAACAAUGAUGAUGGUGGUAAUGACUCGGAUGAUGAUCAAACAAUAUCACCAACCGAUUUAGUAAUUGCUUGUGUUAAGAGCGACCGUAAUCUUGAGAUUUAUGUAUACGAGGAGACAUCUAAUGGCUCUCCAAACGUAUAUAGUCAUCGGCAAAUAAUGCUUUCAAAAACCCCAUUGUGUACUGCUUGGCUUGAUUGUCCACUUAAAGGAGGAGAAAAAGGGAAUUUUCUAGCUGUUGGUUCUUUUGGAUCGCCCAAGAUAGAGAUAUGGGAUCUUGACAUCAGGGACGAUGUGCUCCCUUGUGUAGAGCUAGGAGGAAAAAACAAGGAAAGGAAAUACAAAGAAUGUAGCCACACUAGAUCAGUUCUUGGUCUUGCUUGGAACAUGGAGUUUAGGAAUAUGCUUGCUAGUGCUAGUGCCGACAAACAAGUUAAAGUUUGGGAUGUUGCUACUAGAACAUGCCAGAUUACUAUGGCGCAUCACACUGACAAGGUACAAGCGGUUGCUUGGAAUCAUCAUGCUCCAGAAGUACUUCUUAGUGGGUCGUUUGAUCGCACUGUUGUAUUAACAGAUGUAAGGAAGCCUUCACACUCAGGUUUCAAAUGGUCAGUCAAUGCCGAAGUUGAAAGCUUAGCCUGGGAUCCACAUAGCGAACACUCCUUUGUGGUAAGUCUCGACAAUGGAACUGUAAAGGGCUUUGAUAUUCGUCAAGCCUCAACUUCAACUUCUGAUUUGAAUCCAAGUUUCAUUAUCCAACAUGGAACUAGCGCAGUCACUUCCGUCUCAUACAACAUUUCUGCACCUAAUCUUUUGGCAACUGGAUCUACGGACAAUUCGGUAAAGCUUUGGGAUCUUUCAAACAAUGAGCCUUCAUGCAUUGCGACACACACACCAAACGCUGGAGGCUUGUUUAACAUUGCUUUCUCUCCGGACAAUCCUUUCUUACUCGCUAUGGGUGGCUCCGAAGGGGAGUUAAAAUUUUGGGAUACACUUUCGGACGCUAUUGUCUCCGGUAGAUACGGAACCAGACCAGUCCAACCGUGAAAGUCCAGCUAAUCUAUGAUUUGGUCGUCAAUUUCGAACAAACAUGAACCAAAAUUUUGUAGUAGUUUUUUUUCUUUCAUUACGGUUUGUUUUUAUUUCUUGUAUUCU